AUGCCACUAACAGAGAAACCUCUAUCGCUGAAAGUCAACGCCGCUUUGUUCGACGUCGAUGGUACUAUAAUCAUCUCGCAGCCAGCCCUUGCGGCCAUGUGGCAGGAUUUCGGUAAGGACAAGCCUUACUUCGACGCUGACCACGUCACCAAGAUCUCCCACGGGUGGAGAACUUACGACGCUAUCGCCAAGUUCGCUCCAGACUUUGCCAACCACGAGUACGUCGCCAAGUUGGAAGGGUCCAUCCCAGAGAAGUUCGGCCAACACGCCAUCGAAGUCCCAGGUGCCGUCAAACUGUGUAACUCCUUCAACGAGCUACCAAAGGAGAAAUGGGCCGUCGCUACGUCCGGUACCAAGGAAAUGGCCACCAAAUGGUUCGAGCUUUUGAAGAUCAAGAGACCUUCCAACUUCAUCACCGCCGCUGAUGUUGAACACGGUAAGCCAGACCCAGAGCCAUACCUAAAGGGCAGAAACGGUCUUGGGUACCCAAUCAACAAGGAGGACCCAUCGAAGUCCAAGGUUGUCGUCUUCGAGGACGCUCCAGCCGGUGUCGCCGCUGGUCAAGCUGCUGGCUGUAAGAUCAUCGGUGUUGCUACCACCUUCGACGUCGAAUUCUUGAAGGGUAAAGGUUGUGACAUCAUUGUCAAGGACCACAGAUCUAUUAGAGUCGGCGGGUACGAUGCUAAGACCGAUGAAGUCGAGUUGAUCUUCGACGACUACUUGUACGCCAAGGACGACUUGUUGAAGUGGUAA